AUGAGGACUCCAUCCCUCCUCCUCCUCCUCUUCGUUCUAUUCUCCUUCCAACGUGACACUGCCGCCACCGGCUACCUGUCGGGGCCCGAGAAGGUGACCAACCUCCACUUCUACAUGCAUGACACCGUCGCCGGCAAGGACGCGACGGACGUCCCCGUCGCGCACGGCGCCAAUUUCAUACCGACGCCCGGCACCAUAUCAAGCCUGUUCCCGUUCAGCUCCGUCUACGUCUUCGACAACGUGCUCACGGAGGGGUGGGAGAGGUCGUCCAGGGUGGUCGGGAACGCGCAGGGGAUGUACAUCAUGUCGUCCAAGGACGGGAACACGAUCGACAUGGCCGUGGACUACGAGCUCACCGAGUACAAGAACAGCUCCUUCUCGGUGCUCACACGGAACCCUGUCGGGGAUGGCGACGGCAGGGAGCUCACCGUCGUUGGCGGGCGUGGCGCAUUCCGGAUGGCCCGCGGGUUCAUCAUCCUCCCGACGGAACGCCUCAACACCACCACCCUGGACGCGGUCAUCGAGUACAACGUGACUCUCAUCCACCACUGA